GAUCGCAGCCAUGGCGGCGACGGCGCAGCUGGCGGGCAGGCUCGCCGGAGCGGCGCUGCGGGUGGCGCUCGCGGCGGCGCUGGCGCUGCUCCUCCCGGCCUACCGCGUCUACAGGCUCACGGCCUCCCUCCUCGGCGCGCUCUUGCACGAGGACGACGUCGCCGGCAAGGUCGUCCUCAUCACCGGCGCCUCCUCCGGCAUCGGCGAGCAUCUGGCUUACGAGUACGCGAGGAGGGGAGCGUACCUGGCGCUGGUGGCGAGGAGAGAGGAGAGCCUCCGGGAGGUCGGCGACGCGGCGGCGGCGCUCGGCUCGCCGGGCGUCCUCGUCACGCCGGCCGACGUCUCCAGCCCCGACGACUGCCGCAAGUUCGUGGACGACACCAUCCGCUACUUCGGUAGAUUGGAUCACCUGGUGAACAAUGCGGCGAUCUGGCAGGUUGGCAAGUUCGAAGAGGUUACCGAUGUCAAUCACUUCAGAAAACUGAUGGACAUCAACUUUUGGGGCCACGUGUAUCCAACCCGGUACGCCAUCCCUCACCUGAAGAAGACCCAUGGCCGCAUCGUCGGCGUCACCUCCAACUCGUCCUACAUCUUCAUACCAAGAAACACCUUCUACAAUGCAAGCAAGGCGGCGGUGCUCAAUUUCUACGACACGCUGAGGAUGGAGCUCGCCGGCGACGUCGCCGUAACCGAGGUCGUCCCCGGGGUGGUCGAGUCGGAGAUCACCAAGGGGAAGAUGCUCACCAAGGACGGCGCCAUGGCAGUAGACCAAGCCGAGAGAGACGUACGUCCCUCCCGUCUUGCGCAGCACUGUAUUUUACAACCUUAA